GUCUACUUUUCCUCCCUGGCUUCCUCAAAAAUUAAAUCCUUCCUUCUUUCUCCAUCCUCCCCCUCCAUCAUCCUCACAUUCACACAUCAUGUCCGCCAAAUCUAUUCUCGAGGCCGACGGCAAGGCCAUCCUCAACUUCCACCUCACUCGCGCUCCCGUUAUCAAGCCUACCCCUCUCCCUUCCUCCACAACACACAACCCUCCUGCUCGUCUGGCCUCUCUGCACUUCCCUGAGAACAAGGCUGUGAAGGAUGUCCUCGACCAGGCUGAGGUCACCUUCCCUUGGCUCCUCACCCCCGGUUCCAAGUUCGUUGCGAAGCCCGAUCAAUUGAUCAAGCGUCGGGGUAAGAGCGGUCUGCUCGCCCUCAACAAGACCUGGGCUGAGGCCCGUGAGUGGAUUGAGGCACGCGCCACCAAGGAUGUCCAGGUUGAGACCGUCACUGGUGUCCUCCGUCAAUUCCUGGUUGAGCCCUUCGUUCCUCACCCCCAGGAGACCGAAUACUACAUUAACAUCAACUCCGUCCGUGAGGGUGACUGGAUCCUCUUCACCCACGAGGGUGGUGUCGAUGUCGGUGAUGUUGACGCCAAGGCUGAGAAGCUCUUGAUCCCCGUCAACCUCAAGCAGUACCCCUCCAACGAGGAGAUUGCCGCCACCUUGCUGAGCAAGGUCCCCAAGGGUGUUCACAAUGUCCUUGUUGACUUCAUCUCUCGUCUGUACGCCGUCUACGUCGACUGCCAGUUCACCUACCUCGAGAUCAACCCUCUCGUUGUUAUCCCCAACGCCGAUGCUACCUCCGCCGAGGUCCACUUCCUGGAUCUCGCGGCCAAGCUCGACCAGACUGCCGAGUUCGAGUGCGGCACCAAGUGGGCUAUUGCCCGCAGCCCCGCUGCUCUCGGUCUCCCUGUCCUCGCCUCCUCCGACGGCAAGGUCAACAUCGACGCUGGCCCGCCGAUGGAGUUCCCCGCCCCCUUCGGUCGUGAACUGACCAAGGAGGAGAAGUUCAUCUCCGACAUGGACGCCAAGACCGGUGCCUCCCUCAAGCUCACCGUUCUCAACUCCCAGGGUCGCGUGUGGACCCUCGUCGCUGGUGGUGGUGCCUCCGUCGUCUACGCCGAUGCCAUUGCCUCCGCUGGCUUCGUCAGCGAGUUGGCCAACUACGGUGAGUACUCCGGUGCUCCCACCGAGACCCAGACCUACAACUACGCCAAGACCGUCCUGGACCUCAUGCUCCGUGCCCCCAUCCACCCCGAGGGCAAGGUCCUCUUCAUCGGUGGUGGUAUUGCCAACUUCACCAACGUGGCCAGCACCUUCAAGGGUGUCAUCCGCGCUCUCCGCGAGGUCGCCCCCGUCCUCAACGAGCACAAGGCCCAGAUCUGGGUCCGCCGUGCCGGUCCCAACUACCAGGAGGGUCUCAAGAACAUCAAGUCUGUGGGUGCCGAGCUCGGCCUGGACAUGCACGUCUACGGCCCCGAGAUGCACGUUAGCGGUAUCGUGCCUCUGGCCCUCCAGGGCAAGAAGACCGAUAUCAAGGAAUUCGGCGCUUAAACACCUCUCUACUUUUGUUUGUUUUCUGCAGCGUGUGUCCGUUGCAUGGGUUUGUGGUAUAAUGCAUGGCAUGAUAUGAACUUGUUUUUUGCGGGAUUCCGGGCGGACAACACGUCGCCCGGCGUCUGUCCUGUUUUGAGGGUAUGGCGUUACUUCCCGCCCGGACGAAAAGACCCGGUCCCUGAUGGUGCCGUCGUACAUGAUUCUCCGUUUAGAUUUUCAUUUUCCUAUGUUCACCGGGGGAUUUAGAUCUUGUGAUGUCCCAUCGGAUAAUAUCAAUGAUACGAGGCAUUUAUGUCCCAA